AUGGCAGAGUGUCUCGGACCCGAGACUCUCUGCGACAGUGCCGUCGACCACUCAUUCCGCGCACUCAUGGCUACAGAGAGGACAAGGUCCUUCACAAAGGUCGAUCUCACCCCGAGACGAUACCACGGCUACGCUGUCAUCCUUUUCAUCCUCGGCACUCUCCUUCCUCCCCUCGCCGUCGCAGCGAGAUUUGGGAUUGGCAGAGACUUUUUCAUCAAUAUCGUACUGACAAUAUGUGGCUACAUCCCUGGGCAUAUACACAAUUUCUACAUCCAGAACAUACGUAACAACAAGAAUCACCAGCGAACGCCCAAGUGGGUCCAGAAAUACGGGCUCGUCAAUACCUCGGAGAUUAAACGCAAGGAACGCCGCUCACAGUGGGCAAACCGCUACAAUGAGCUGCUGCCCAACUCCACGCUUGCAGAACAGCCGUUGGAGGAUGGCCAGGAAGGCGGCUCGAGCAUUGAUCUUGCCGCAGAGGAGAACGACACCCGGGCGCAUCACAACGGCGGCGGUGACUUCUGGAGUCGGAACGAGGAGCGGUAUUACGGCCAGAACGGCAACAGCGAUCGGGCCAGCGUACGCACGGGCGGCUCCGGCGGGCGCUGGCGGUACCCCGCCAACUUCGACGAUACCAUCGUAGAGCGGCCGAAGAAGAGCGCGAGCAAGAAGAAGAAGAAGGUGAAGAAGGAUCGAUGGGCACGCACGGAGGAUGCGUACUCGCUCCAGGAGAGCGAGCCGCCAAAGCGAAGAAGGACGAAGAAGAAGAAUCAUUCGACGGUGGGCGACGCCGAGUCCGAGACAUACUCGCGCGGCUCGUCGACGGAGUUCCCUGAGGACGCUGAGGGCGGGCUGUAUGGCAGCAGAGAGCCGGCUGGGGAGACCUCGAACGGGCGUGCGGACGGCGACGCUGACGAUAUUUUCUCGCACGAGUUAUAG